AACCAAAUUCAUCCACCCAUUUCGUCAUAACUGCUCUGAUCUUAUAAACCAAGUUCUCUGUGUUGCUUUUUGUCACACAACAGCAGCAAGCUUAUUGUUUGAGGCGCUUGCUGUCAAGUAUAAGCAACUCAACAUCUGCUGUGACAGAGAUGGGUGACCAGGAAAAUCCUUUGGAUGGAGAUCAUGUGGUCAAAGAGGAAGCUAAAGCGUCGAACAGCCACUCAGCAGUGCCGGAAUCCCAGAAUGGACCGGAAAGUAGUAGUAACAAGGAAGAUGCAAGCAAGAGCAAGGAGGGUGGCACCCAGACAGUACCCUUUUUCAAGCUCUUCUCAUUUGCUGAUUCCUUGGAUUACUUGUUAAUGUCGGUUGGUACGAUUGGCGCUAUUGGGAAUGGAAUAUGUAUGCCUCUAAUGACCAUAAUCUUGGGAGAUGUGAUUAAUUCUUUUGGGGAAUCUGCGAAUUCCAAUAAAGUGGUUGAUACAGUGUCAAAGGUGGCUCUCAAGUACGUCUACUUGGCUUUGGGAGCGGCAGCUGCUUCAUUUCUACAGAUGUCUUGUUGGAUGAUCACCGGAGAGAGACAAGCUGCGAGAAUAAGAUUUUUAUACUUGAAAACAAUAUUGAAGCAAGAUGUAGGCUUUUUUGAUAAAGAAACUAGUACCGGAGAAGUUAUUGGGAGAAUGUCAGGCGACACUGUGCUCAUUCAGGAGGCCAUGGGAGAGAAAGUAGGAACUUGUAUCCAGUUAGUUGCAACAUUCUUUGGAGGCUUUAUCAUAGCAUUUGUUAAGGGAUGGCUUCUUACGCUGGUCAUGCUUUCUUCUAUCCCCGCUCUUGUCAUUUCUGGUGCUGUCUUGAGCCUCAUCGUGUCAAAGUUGGCAUCUCGUGGACAAGAUGCUUAUUCAGUGGGAGCAACUGUGGUUGAGCAGACGAUUGGUUCAAUAAGAACUGUUGCAUCAUUUACAGGGGAGAAACAAGCUAUAACUAAGUAUAACAACUCUUUAACUAAAGCUUACAAGUCUGGUGUGCAAGAGGGUUUGGCAUCUGGGUUGGGUAUCGGUGCAGUUAUGCUCAUCAUCUUCUGUAGUUAUGGUUUAGCUAUAUGGUAUGGCGGAAAAAUGAUACUUGAAAAGGGAUAUAAUGGAGGAGAUGUUAUGAAUGUAAUUUUUGCUGUGUUGACUGGCUCCAUGUCUCUUGGGCAAACAUCUCCAUCCUUGGCCGCAUUUGCUUCUGGGAAAGCUGCAGCGUAUAAGAUGUUUGAGACAAUUAAAAGAAACCCGGAGAUAGAUGCUUCUGAUACUAAAGGGAAACAAUUAAAAGAUAUUAGAGGAGACAUAGAACUGAGGGAUGUUCAUUUUAGUUAUCCUGCAAGACCAGAUGAACAUAUAUUCCGUGGAUUUUCUCUCACAAUAGCUAGUGGGGCAACUGCAGCUUUGGUAGGACAGAGUGGAAGUGGUAAAUCGACUGUAAUAAGUUUGAUUGAGAGAUUUUACGACCCACAAGCCGGUGAAGUUCUUAUUGACGGAGUCAAUCUGAAAGAGUUCCAGCUAAAAUGGAUCAGACAGAAGAUAGGGCUUGUCAGCCAGGAACCUGUUUUAUUUACUUGCAGCAUUAGAGAUAAUAUUGGCUAUGGGAAGGAUGGUGCAACUACUGAAGAAAUCAGGGCCGCUUCUGAGCUUGCCAAUGCUGCUAAAUUCAUAGACAAACUUCCUCAGGGACUAGAUACAAUGGUGGGUGAGCAUGGAACUCAACUAUCUGGGGGCCAAAAGCAGAGAGUUGCUAUAGCUCGAGCAAUUCUAAAAGACCCAAGAAUUCUACUUCUAGAUGAAGCAACAAGUGCUCUUGACACAGAAUCUGAGAGAGUUGUGCAGGAGGCACUCGAUAGGAUUAUGGUUAACCGGACUACUGUCAUAGUAGCCCAUCGCUUAAGCACAGUAAGGAAUGCUGAUACCAUUGCUGUCAUACAUCGAGGAACAAUUGUUGAACAAGGACCACAUUCUGAGCUAGUUAAGGAUCCUGAGGGAGCAUAUAGCCAGCUUAUAAGAUUACAAGAAACGAGAACUGUGUCAGAACAUACUGGUCUAAAUGAUCAGGAUAGGCCAGAUAUCUCUUCUGAUUCUCGGAGACAGUCAAGUCAAAGAUUAUCUUUAUUAAGAUCCAUAAGCCGUGGAUCAUCUGGAAGAGCAAAUAGUAGUCGUCACUCGUUGUCAAUCUCAUAUGGUGGUGCACCUACUGCAAUCGGCAUCGUUGAAACAAAUCCUGUUGAACCUGAUACUGAUGCUCCAACAUCAUCAAUAGGGCAUCCAGAAGUCUCACUUAGCCGCCUAGCUGCCCUGAACAAGCCAGAGAUCCCAGUGCUGCUUCUUGGUACUUUAGCUGCAGCAGCCAAUGGGGUGAUCUUACCUGUUUUUGGGAUACUAAUAUCCAGUGUAAUCAAGACCUUCUUUGAGCCACCUGACCAACUGAGUAAAGAUUCAAAGUUUUGGGCAUUAAUCUUUGUUGUUCUUGGAGUUGCAUCAUUCUUGGCACAACCAUCAAGAGGGUACCUGUUUGGUGUGGCUGGAUGUCAGUUGAUAAGAAGAGUUCGAUCAAAGUGCUUUGAGAAGGUGGUUUACAUGGACAUAGGUUGGUUUGACGAGUCUGAUCAUUCAAGUGGUGCAAUUGGGGCAAGGCUUUCUACAGAUGCGGCUUCUCUAAGAGGGUUGGUUGGAGACGCCCUAGGUUUAUUGGUUCAGAAUUUAGCAACUGCAGUUGCAGGCCUAGUUAUUGCUUUCGUAGCAAAUUGGCAAUUGGCUCUUAUAGUCCUUGUCCUGCUGCCAAUGAUAGGAUUAAGUGGAUACUUUCAAGUCAAGAUAAUGAAAGGGUUCAGCGCAGAUGCAAAGAAAAUGUACGAGGAUGCAAGCCAAGUAGCGAAUGAUGCUGUUGGGAGUAUUAGAACAAUUGCAUCCUUUUGUGCUGAAGAGAAGGUGAUGGAACUAUACAAGAAAAAAUGUGAAGGUCCUAUUAAAAAUGGGAUAAGACAAGGCAUAGUUAGCGGAACUGGUUUUGGACUAUCGUUCUUUUUCCUAUUUUCUGUGUAUGCCUGCAGUUUCUAUGCUGGAGCCCGACUUGUUGCAGCAGGCAAGACAGAAUUCUCUGACGUGUUUCGGGUUUUCUUUGCUCUCACUAUGACAGCAGUGGGAAUAUCUCAGUCGGGCUCCCUAGCUCCUGAUGUAAGUAAAGGAAAGAGUUCUGCUUCUUCCAUAUUUGCAAUUCUUGAUGGCAAGUCAAAAAUAGACUCUAGCGACGACUCUGGAACUACUAUAGAAAAUGUGAAGGGUGAUAUUGAACUACGCCAUGUCAGUUUCAAGUAUCCGACUAGGCCCAACGUGCCAAUCUUCCAGGAUCUUUGCUUGACCAUUCGUCAUGGCAAGACGGUUGCUCUGGUUGGAGAAAGUGGUAGUGGGAAGUCGACAGUGAUCUCAUUGUUGCAGAGAUUUUAUGACCCUGAUUCUGGUCACAUUACAUUAGAUGGAAUCGAAAUCCAAAAGCUACAACUGAAGUGGUUGAGACAGCAAAUGGGGCUGGUGAGCCAAGAGCCUGUGCUGUUCAAUGACACUAUCAGAGCCAACAUUGCAUAUGGAAAAGAUGGAAAUGCAACCGAAGCUGAAAUUAUAGCUGCAGCAGAAUUGGCAAAUGCCCACAAGUUCAUUAGUAGCUUACAACAGGGUUAUGAUACAAUAGUAGGAGAGCGGGGGGUCCAAUUGUCAGGUGGACAGAAGCAAAGGGUGGCAAUUGCACGAGCAAUUAUAAAGGCGCCAAAGAUAUUGCUACUCGAUGAGGCCACCAGUGCACUUGAUGCUGAAUCUGAACGAGUCGUUCAAGAUGCACUGGACAGAGUUAUGGUGGAUCGAACAACAGUGGUGGUGGCACAUCGGUUAUCGACGAUUAGAAGUGCAGAUUUGAUAGCAGUGGUAAAGAAUGGAGUCAUUGCAGAAAAAGGAAAGCAUGAGACUUUGAUCAAUAUUAAGGAUGGCACUUAUGCUUCAUUGGUGGCAUUACAUGCAAGUGCCUCAUCUUAGAGCGCUAGCUUCUAUGUUUUUCUUACUGAGAAGAUGCAGCAUAUUAAUAUCGAAGGCAAAGCAAAUAGGUCAUGUGAUUCUCUUCCGAGAAGUAAACCAGCAAGAGGCACAUAUAGAUCAUUCAUUUUUUUUGUUUCUUCAUUUCUGUGAAAGCUGCAGUUGUGCAGCAAUAUGAGAAGUAUGACACUAUGACCACAACAGUGAGUGAGUUGAGUAGUUGUUUGCUAUCCAAAUCCUAUAUGUGAUAGAAAUUUCCUGUAUAAAAAGGUCUCAUUCCUUUUCUUGCGUUUACAU